AAAAUCGGAACAUCGCACCUCGCUGAUCGACUCUAUUCCCGCGAUGUGCAUUAUGCGGGAUGGUGGAAAAUCUUGAAUUAAAUUUUAAGGUUAACAGAUAGAGGAGCGGUCAAACUCUUUUUCUCUAGUUCCCCAGGGUGCUACCGCAAUUUCGUAAUUUCUGGUAAAUCGAUCCGCUCUACGAUGAAUGACCUGCUCCGUGAAUUGGAGUCGAUGAAGAUAACUGGCAACACAAUAAACGACGAUUUAUGGAGAAGUUGCGUCCAGCUGACCGAGGGCACGUUGGUACCGUGUAAAAAAAUUGGAAAUGAGCGGCCCUGCGAAGAAAAGGAUUACUGUGAGUACAGGCAGAUCAUAAACAGAAAUUUGCGGAAUGUAGAAUCUACGCUUCGCCACGUAGCAACGAGUUUUGGGGACCAAAACGUCAGGGAAACUGCAUCUCGGAGUCAUCCUCUUCGCACUUACCUGAUAAACUUGAUUAUCAUCAUCGGCGAACAGAGCGAGAAGAACAUGUGGAACACAGCAGAGUCAGUAUCCAUAGUCAGCUCUAUCCAAUCUGACCUCUGCAGUCUCUGCAAAUGUAGAUCCAUGUCCGAGCUAUUAGUCGGAAAGGGAGACGAGGGAUCUAGUUUGGAUGGCAGUGGUGUAAUUGAGGCGGUGCUCCUCGCUCUCAGGCCAAAACUCCUAAAAGAUACUUGGAAGAAUUAUCCUGCAGCCGUAAUUUGCUACAAAUGGAUAUUAUGGCAAGUAGAGGAACCUAAUCUGGUCCGUCACAUGAACAGUAUAAUACCAACCGCGCUGAUAAUCUUGGAUGAUUACGUUGUUGAAAAUAGAGUGACUGGAAUAAAAUGUAUUGGGAAGAUUUUACAGCACGCACAAAUGAGGAAAGAGCUUGUGGACACUGGGUACGCAGAGGUGAUAUACGAUGCCUUGAAGAGGUUGUUAAUCAUUCGAGAAGUGGCGUACAUUAUCCCUUUGUACUCUUGUAUAAGAAGCCUUUUAUCAACAUUGGAAUUCUACAACAACACAGAUUGUCUCCAACAAAAAACUUUUCCCUUACAGUGGACUAUACGAGAUGACGUCAUCUUGUCGUUACUGAGUAGUAUGGAGUUCGAACAGGAUGCACAUUUGCGACAUGCUUACAUGUCAAGCUUGCCAGGACUCUUGACAAACAUCGGUUGUGCCAAGUGGUGCGAAAGAUUGACAAGGAUUCUGUCAGAGUACUGUGAGCACCAUACAGAUCUCAAAACUCUGAAAGUCACAAUGGAAGCCGCUAAAACGUUUCUAGUCAUAUUUCAACCGAGGAUACCAACCCAUUGCGUACCUUUGUACGCGGCCUUCCUGAAACUUCACAUGGAUCUAAUCGAGACACCAGUUUUUGACAGAGAGAUUGUACAAAAUUUAGAAGAUUGCAUUGGCUUGCUGUAUAAAUCGACGCCGUCUAUAGGUAAAAAAAUUAUCAAUGACGAUCGUAUGAAAUCAGUUAUAAAUCAGCAGCUUCAGUUCAGAAUACUCAAUGAUUGCACUUACUUUGAAUGAACUGGACAACCCACUUUAGAAUCAAAGUUUAAAUAUAUUAAAGAGGAAGAAUACCAACAAACUCCGUAUGAACUGGAGGCUCCUGAGAAAAACAAAAAUAUUAUUUAAUAUGUAUAUGUUCUGUAUUAUUUGUUACCUUAUAUCUUGCGCUGGCUCCAACCGCCGCUUAUGUGCAUUCAAUAUUUAUAAUGUGCUAAUGUAAAAUAUCGAAUUUACGUGAAUAAUUGUUGUACAAUACGUGUAUACAUAUUUCUAACAGUAAACUGUUAACAACAAAUUUACCAAUAUAAAUAAACAUGUGUAAUGCUUACGCUCUUGUGAGUAGGUG